AUGGGCCCCUAUACCGCCUCCUCAUGCUGCUGCCAGGCCCCUAAUCUGCCAUGGGCCCCUAUACCGCCUCCUCAUGCUGCUGCCAGGCCCCUAAUCUGCCAUGGGCCCCUAUACCGCCUCCUCAUGCUGCUGCCAAGUCCAGAGUCUGUCAUGGGUCCCUGUACGGCCUCCCAUUGCUGCUGUCUCCAUCGCCACACUCUGCCAUGUGCCACUUUCAGGUCUCCUCACACUCCUGCUGGUUUCCAUUUUGUCAUAGGUUGCUGUAUGGCCUCCCAUUGCUGCUGCCUCCACCGCCACACUGUGGCUCCAAACACUGGUUUUGGCCCCGUGACUGGCCAAAUGAGUGAAGUGUGCGGUGAUUCUAAGAUCGACGGCACUCAUCUGCAUGUCAUACUGACUGACAGUAUUAUUUCUCUUCCCCAAGAGCAGACUCCAAGGGCAUUUAAAUUAAAGGUACAGUGUUCUGCACUAAUAUUA